AUGUACGUUGCGGCCGUUCUGAGUAUUGCGGCGCUGUUCAUGCGUGCCACGGCCAUGCACUUUUACCUUGGCGGCAACGAGGAGCCCAGAUGUUUCUACUUUGAUUUGAGAAAGGACAUGAUGUUUGCUGCGACGCACAGCGCGUGGGAGCUUGAAAAAAGCAGCAACAACUGGGUGCGCGACGACAGUUUGGCUAUUGAGGUCACUAUUGACGAGCUUUUCGACAACAACCACCGCGUUUUCAACCAAAAACUCGCUCCAUUCGGCGACUAUCAGUUUGUUUCCCAGGAAGGUGGAGAGCACCGCGUCUGCUACCGGGCCCUUGUUGACGGCUGGUGGGCCAAGGAGACCAUCAAACUCGAGGUCGACUUUGUCGUUGGCGAGAGCGAUAUUAUUGAUACUCGGGGCAACGCCAAAGUGGACCAUUUGACCGAGCGCAUUGCAGACCUUAACCGUAAGCUGAUUUUCUUCCGCCGCGAGCAGACCCUUAUGCGGGAGCGUGAAGCUGCGUUCCGUGAUCAAUCCGAGGCCACGAAUGCUCGGGUUGCUCGCAUGACUAUCUUGCAGCUAGUUGUUCUCGCCGCUACCUGUGCCUGGCAAAUUUCGCAUCUCCGCGGCUUCUUCACCAAGCAGAAGCUUGUGUAA